AGUAAGUGACAUGAUAUCAAGCGAUCGACCUCGUGACCAAAGCCAUCCUCUAGGAGAGACAUGUAUAGCGAUGAAUUCACGCACAGCAAGAAUUAUUACGGAAAUAACAAUGCGUCCCCUAAAGAGGGCCAGAUUCAGUGGCGCGGCUCUCGGCGCACCCUCAACGACGACCCCACCGCCGUCGGGGGCGGCCUUCGAAACGGCUGCCCCGGGGGCGGGGGCGACGAAGGGGGGCAGGACGGGGGUGGCGGGCAGCGGGGGGCGGCUGACGGCGCAGCUGCAGCAGCAGGGCCGGACCAGCUGGAGGGGACGGGCUCAAUUGCGGAUGACGCUAUUCACCUCAAGAGACGGGUGGGACUCGUCAGUGGGGUGGCUCUAAUUGUCGGAACGAUGAUAGGAUCCGGAAUUUUCGUUUCCCCGUCUGGACUUCUCGAAAGGACAGGAUCAAUCGGGAUGAGUUUUGUGAUAUGGAUGGCAUGUGGAUUGUUAUCCUUAUUAGGCGCUUUGUCGUACGCCGAGCUGGGCACGAUGAACCCCUCGUCGGGGGCGGAGUACGCCUACUUCAUGGACGCGUUCGGCGCCCCGCCCGCCUUCCUCUUCUCCUGGGCCAGCACCCUAGUGCUCAAGCCCUCCCAGAUGGCCAUCAUCUGUCUGAGCUUCGGCAAGUACGCCGUCGAGGCGUUCGUCACCGAGUGCGAGCCGCCCGAGAUCGUCGUCAAGAUGGUCGCCCUGCUGGCGAUGGUUGUGAUUCUAUACGUCAACUGCUACAGUGUCAAUCUAGCUACGAGUGUACAGAAUGUAUUUACAGCAGCAAAACUUGUGGCAGUUCUCAUUGUGGUGCUCGGCGGUGCUUAUAAGAUGUUUGAAGGACAUACACAACAUUUGAUGGAACCGUUCAAGAAUACGAAAUUCUCGAUAGGCAACAUAGCGACAGCAUUUUAUACUGGACUGUGGGCGUAUGAUGGUUGGAAUAACUUGAAUUACGUUACUGAAGAAAUCAAGAAUCCAUCUAGGAACCUGCCGCGCAGCAUAGUGAUCGGCAUCCCCCUCGUCACCAUCUGCUACGCCCUCAUCAACGUCUCCUACCUCACCGUCAUGUCGCCCAUGGAGAUGACGACCAGCGAGGCGGUGGCCGUGGUGUUCGGCGCACGCGUGCUCGGCCCCAUGGCAUGGCUGAUGCCGCUCUCUGUCACCGUGUCGACUUUCGGCUCCGCCAACGGCACGCUGUUCGCGGCAGGUCGGCUGUGCUUCGCGGCCAGUCGGGAGGGCCACCUGUUGGACAUACUGUCGUACGUGCACAUCAGGCGGUACACGCCCUCGCCGGGGUUGAUUUUUCACUCUAUAAUCGCUGGUGCCAUGGUGAUGUACGGUACGAUCGAUUCUUUAAUCGAUUUCUUCAGUUUUACCGCAUGGAUUUUCUAUGGCGGAGCUAUGUUAGCGUUGAUAGUGAUGCGGCAUACCAAACCAACUUAUCCUAGGCCCUACAAGGUGCCGAUUAUCAUUCCUUAUUUGGUAUUAGUGAUCUCCGUGUACCUGGUGGUAGGACCUAUCAUUGAUAAGCCUACUUUCGAGUACCUUUACGCUAGUUUCUUCAUUCUGGGAGGGAUGGUAUUCUACGUCCCUUUCGUGCAUUACAAAUUGCGUAUUCCAUUUAUGGAUGGCGUGACAGUAUUUCUGCAGAUGCUGCUCGAGGUGGCUCCCACAUCGACUAUGUUGGAGGAAUGAAGAAAAUUUAGUCGAUAGGCUCAACUAGCUAGUUCCAAUAAGCCUCGUUCUCAUGGUUAUGAGUGAUGAAAUCGUGGAAGUAGCCCGGCAAUCGUCACUAAUUUGCCAAAGGAAAGAUAAUUCAACGAGAAGUAUUCAAAUGACAGUGAUAAUUCAACAAAUAAAUAUUGUUUGUCUUGGAUUCUUAACCAUGGUUCGAAUGCACUUAGAAGAAUAAUAAUUAUUAUUGUAAACAUUUACAAUGCAUAUGACUAUAUGAUGCUGUUGUCAUUCCCUUCGUGAAUCGUUGUUGUUAUAAUUCAAUUUGAUAUUUAUUUAUUUUUGAAGCGAAUUUAUAUAUUUUUAUUUAAUUCUCUGGACGAGAUUUGUAAAACGAAGGUACUCUGUAUUUGAUGAAAUCAUAUAAUAGCUGUCGGUAAAACUGCACUUAUCAUGCGAUGGUUUUUUUUUUCGAAACUUUUUUUUGGUACUCCAGUAUUUUUGUCUGAAAAACACGAAUUUGAUAAUGAAAAUGUGAAAAAACCAUUAUUUAUUAAGAUAUUUCACUAAAUAGUUACAAAUUUCACCUUCUGUUCCGCCUGUCUUUUGGAUCGCAUUUAGAACAAUUUGACCUUCUUUUUUUCAUCAUUGGACAAUUUAUGUAUCACAAUGACACAUUUUUUCUAUUAUAUGAGUCAACUAGAAAUAUGAUUUUCUUGCGAUUUAUCCGUAUUUAGUGAAAAGAAGGAAGAAUAUCAUUUGAAAUAAUGGCGUGUGUAAUGUCAUUCAAGAGCAUCUGUUGACAUUUGACAUCUCGUAUUUGGAUUGACUAUUGAUUAAAUGGCCAUCAUCUGGUAUGAUUGUUCACUAAAUAUGAAAAACUCGCCAUAAAAAUUAUAUUUCGUGUUGAAUUUUCUAUAUAAAAAUGUGUCUUUGAAGUAUAUCAUGAGUAUACAGGGUGAUUCAGGUUUUAAGGCACAAACUGAAAUGGGAGAUAGAUCUCAUCAUUUUGAUCAAGAAAGUUUAUAUAAACAUUAGUCCGAUCUCGUUCAGUAACGGAGCUACAGGGGGUCAAAGUUUAAUAAUUUUUUUCUAUUAAUUGAAAUAUCUCGCUUACUUUUCAAGAUAUCAUUUUGAAAUUUGGUGUGGUCAAUACUUCCUAGAAGAUCAUCAUUUCAAGCAUUUUAAAGAUUUUCAAAAUCUACAGGGUGAUAGAGCCUUUUUUAUCCCCUUCAAACUUUUUCGUAGUACGCCUAUGGCAUCUUUCAGAACGUAUAUGCUUAUUUAUCACAAAAACGGUUCGUUUCUCGAAAAAAAUUGAAGAGCAAAAAAGCCUCUUAAUUGAACGAUCUACACAAUUUGAUCACUGAAAGAUCGGGCUAAUGUUUAUAUAAACUUUUUUGAUUAAAAGGAUGAGAUAUAUCUCCCAUUUCAGUUUGUGUCUUUAAACCUGAAUCACCCUGUAUAAAGUAGAAAGUAUCCAAUGACAAAAUAAGAAGAGCAAGUAGCUGUAAAUGCAUCCAAUACAGGGGGAAAAAAGGCGAAAUUUCGAACUUUUUCUUGAAAUAUCUCGAUAUAUAGAGGUUUGUUCACAUUUUCAUUAUCAAAUUCGUGUUUUCCAGACAAAAUUACGUGAAAGUACAAAAACAAAAAUUUCGAAAAAUUGUGCAGCAAGUUGUAUAACCUUGAAUAUUUUGAAGUUCGAGUUGUAUUUGAUGCGAUUAUUUCUUGAGUAGCUCUGAACGAACGUCAAAAUCUGACGACGCGGUUUGUUUGCAUGUAACAAUAUGAAUUGUUACUAUGGAAAUGGAAAUAAUUCGAAAUCUGAUUGGUGGAUUUACUCUAUGUAUCUGAAUUGAACGUUCUGAUUGGUUCAAAAUCAUAGGAAGAAGAUAAUCGUAAGAUUAUUUCGACAAUUGUUACAAGUUCAAUCGGUCCAUUGAGUCAUAAUUGCAACAGAAUUCUUGUAAUGAGCUCACUUAACAGGAUAAUCUUGCGAUCAAAUUUCCAUUCAGAUUGUGAAAAUAUUUUGCAUUGACUGUUCGGAAGCAGAUAACGUCGUAUUUUUCUGGUGAAUCAGGGUGCAUUGCGUAUAUUGUACGACGUGUUUUUAUUGUUUAUAGUUGUGCAAUGUAGGUGACUGUUUUGCCAGAAUGUAUAUGGGCAAUGUUGAUCUGGUGCAUUUUUUUUCAAUUUUUUGUUUAAAAAAUCAAAUGAACAGACAUAUCACGUAUCCAAAACUUGGAAUUGUACCUUCUUGAUACAAAUGUGAAUCAGCAGAAAUAUUUUUCAAUAGAAUAUGUUGAUAAAAUAUGCAGAAAAUGUUGAAAUAAAUUUAUUUAAAUAAAGAUUAAAGACGAA